UAAUGGGAAUAUAUAUGUAACCAUUAUUAUGCGCUCCAAACUUUGUUCAACCCCAUUCAUUCAUCUCUCUCCUUUUAAUUCUUUCAUCAACAUCAUUAAUAAUAGUUGAUUAGGUAGUUUACACAGUACGUACAAUUAUUGCAACAGGAAAACACAUAGAAGGUGCUGUGUUCUUGCAACUUCUGGAUCCGACAUUGUCCUUGUCGGACCCACAUACACAUGUUCUUCCUUCUCCCUCUCUUUUGAGUUCUUCAUUUUUUGUCCUUAUUGCAUGGAUUGGAGAGGAAGAUCAUAUCCCACCCAACAGAUCUCUCAUACAACAGACUUUUCCAUAUGUUUGUAAGUGUAUUUGCUCUUCCUUUAAGGACACAACUGUAGCUUCCUUGAAACAACCUCACGAGGAAAACCUCUCUGCAUCCAUGCCUCUCUGUGUACUAUAAAUUUUUUCUGCUUGUGGCGAUCUUCAUUGGUUUAUCAGUCUUCUUUUUCCAAACUGUUGAACCGUCCUCUUCUUCAUUUCCUCCCUACCAAGAUUUUGAGGUUCUUACAAAGACAAUUCUGAGGCUUUGAAACUUGUAUCCCUAACAACAUACAAUGGGGGGUUGCAUAUCAGUACAUGCUAAUGCAAUCAAAGCACCAAAGAAGCUCCGCAGACGGAUGACAAAACGCCGUCCAAAGAUCUCAAAUUCUGUUCCUAAUGCUAUCAUCGUGAAGAGGAAUAGCAAUGCAGGGGCCCGUGUAGCAGAUUAUUCUGUUAGCGAGUUUGUUCAUAUGGACUUCGAAAAUGGUGCAACUACUACUUGCAGGCGCUCUCAAGUUUCCAAUUCAGCAUUCCAUCUUACUCAGCUUGAAUGGCACCACAGUCUAUAUGAUACUGAUGCAAACUUUGUGAGCCAAGAAGAAACUUUUUUUGACUCAGUCAGUCUUCUGGAAUCUGAUUCAGAUGACGAGUUCAAUAGUGUUCAUGGAGAUUUCUAUGCAGAUGGUUUUCCAAUAGUAACCAGCACAGUUGGAAACAUCCCAUGUGGUCAAUUGGUCCAAUAUGGAAGAUCAACAUGUUUUACGGACAAAGGUUGCCAGUAUGAAGAAUAUCAUGAACGUUAUCUUAAAGUUGAUGGAGGCAACCAAGAGAGCUUGAAGGGAAGAGAUGAAAGUGGUUUUGGCCUUGUUGGUACACAAGGUUGCGGAUUGUCUCGCUUAGGCAAGUCUCAGGGAAGCUUCAAAGGUAUAAAAGAAUAUAAACAUGGUUUGGAAGAGAAAACUCAAGAGAAUGCACGAAGAUCAAGCCUUCAGCGGUUGGCACCUUCUAUUAGUUUCAAUGAUAAAACACCGAAUCGACCGAGCAAACGUCUGUCACAGAUUUUCAAGCUUUCUUUCAAACGAAGAUCUAGUGAUGUAGAGGAUGCACAUGAACUUGGUCAAUCAAAAAGAUAUUUGCUUCGACCCAAAGCAGGGCAUAUAAUUCCAUGUCAGAAUAAAGAAAAGCUAUCUCCUGGAUGUUGGUCUGAAAUUCCUCCCUCAACAUUUCAACUUCGUGGUGAAAGUUAUUUCAAAGACAAACGCAAGUCUCCUGCACCAAAUCAUAGUCCCUACAUUCCAAUUGGAGUUGAUCUAUUUGUCUGUCGAAGAAAGAUACAUCAUAUUGCUCGACAUCUUGAGCUUCCAAAUGUUAAAACCAAUGGGAAAAUCCCCCAACUUCUUAUUGUAAAUAUCCAGUUGCCUACAUAUCCAGCUGCAAUGUUCCUUGGUGAUAGUGAUGGAGAAGGGAUAAGUCUUGUAUUAUAUUUCAAAGUUUCUGAGACUCUUGAUGAAAACAUUUCUUCCCAGUUUCAGGAAAGCAUUAUGAGAUUAGUUGAGGAUGAGGCGGAAAAGGUCAAAGGAUUUACCAAAGAAUCGAGUGUUGCUUUUAGAGAAAGGCUAAAGAUCAUGGUAGGACUCGUCAAUCCUGAGGAUAUGUACGUGAGUUCUGCUGAAAAGAAACUAGUAAAUGCUUAUAAUGGAAAACCUGUACUCUCACGCCCACAGCACAACUUUUACAAGGGUCCUAAUUACUUUGAGAUUGAUCUGGACAUUCAUCGAUUCAGCUACAUAUCAAGAAAAGGACUUGAUGCAUUUCGAGACCGUUUGAAAGAUGGCAUUCUUGAUUUAGGCCUAACUAUUCAGGCACAGAAACAAGAAGAGCUUCCGGAGAAAGUAUUGUGCUGCCUUAGAUUGAACAAGAUUGAUCUUAGUGACAAUGGUCAAAUACCCAUGUUAAUGACUCUUGAUGGUGAAUGCUAAGGGUUUUCAGUGAAUUGGAGGGAAUAGCAUUCAGAAAAAUAAACAAUUAUAUGUAUGUAUUAGUUAACUUUGUAUAUUUCCAUGGCUGAGGAAGAGUGGCAGUUAAGGUGUUUAACUUGGAUGCAACUCAUGCAGUCAUGUAUUUUCUGUUCAGAUGUACAUUCAGAGGAUCAUAAAUUUAGUAGAUUAUUAACAUGCAUUGCCAAAUGACAUGAAAGGUACAAGUGUUUCUUUAUUAACUAUUGUAACCUGUAACCAAGUGAAAGGAAUAUUGUAUUAUUGAGUUGACAAAUGGUGCCAAUAGAUGUUUCUUUCCCUUCA